AUGGCCGCGGUUCAAGAAAUGGCGUACCGACCGCGAGGUGUUCCCUCUCGCCACGCAGCGACCUCGGCAGAGGUCAUCGUUGUCGGCGGUGGUCUCAGCGGUCUGGCAGCCGCCUACGAGCUCCAGCAGGCCGGCGCGUCAUGCCUGCUUCUCGAACGCCGAGAGCGCAUUGGCGGCUGGUCCACCGAGGACAGCUUCAGCGACGCCCACGUCCGCGUCUUGGAGCUCGCUCGCAGCCUGGGCCUGGAUAUCCAGCGUCAUCUCGUCAGUGGGCGUGACGCAGUGGAAGGGCUGGGAGCCUCCCACGCAGACGGCACACCCAGCUUGAGCGAGGACGAUCUGCGUUCGUACACGCGCAUUGUCGACAACAUCGAGGAGCUCAGCCAGCGCGUCGACGUCAACCACCCUGCGCAGAUGCUCCCCAACUACGGCGCCAUGUCGGCCCACGAGCUCGUCGUUUCGCACGGCGCGACGCCCUCCGUCCAGAAGCUUGCCAGCGCCUGGACUUACGCCCUUUUCGGCCUCUCGGCGCGAGAAGUUGGCGCCCUGUCCUUCUUGCUGCACUGCAAGUGCUCGGGCGGCCUCGUUCGGGCUCUUGAGGGUCUCGGCAGUGGCAGCAGUAGAUGGCGUAUAGCGGGCAGCGCGGGAGCAGAGCAACAGCUGCGCGAGGCGCUCGCGGCUCAGCUCCGCCCCGGAACUGUCCGCCUGGGAGAGGCCGUGGAGCGUGUCGACCAGACUUCCGAGAGCCGGUGUAUCGUGUCAACGAAGUCAGGCGGUGUAUUUCAGUGCGCCAAGGUCGUGCUCGCGAGCGCGGCGGCACAGUGCCGAGACGUCGAGCUGGCGCCGUUGCUGAGCGAGGGCAAGCAGUGGCUGGCGAGCGCGCCAUCUGGGUUCCUCGCCGCGGUGCGUCUGUCGUACGAGCAGCCGUGGUGGCAGGAGCGCGGGCUCUCGGGCUGGGGCAUUGGUGUCGACGGCCCGGUCUGCCUGGUCAAGGACACGUCGCGCGACGAGGAGGAAGGAUACUCGCUGACAUGCAUUGUCGCGGGCGAACCGGGAAGGGAGCUCUGGCGGUGGGAGGUUGCCGACAGACAGGCAUGCGUCGUCAAGCAUGUGGAGAGCAUUUUCGGAUGCGACGUGCCCGCGCCGUUCUCCAUCGUCGAGCUUGAGCAGCAGGCGCCCAGCCUUGCUGUGCCUGCCGCCGGCCUGCGGGCUCUGGAGGAGGACCAGUGGCGACCGGAAGGCAAUGUCUUCUUCGCUGGCGGCGAGACAGGCUUCGUGUGGAGAGGGCACGCGGAGGGGGCGCUUGCGGCCGGCUCACGAGUGGCAGAUGAGGUAGUCCGCGCCAUCAGUCCAUCUGCCGAUGAGCUUUUGUCCAGGCUCUAA